UGUCCCAGGCCUUGCCAAAGCUGUCAGCGGCCCUCGGACGCAUCCUUUUGGAAACAAGAGACAGCGCUUGGUGGCACCCACUCCCUCAAGCAGCGUUUCCUAAAGCAGAGGGAAACCAAGGGACUCGUUUUGUCGUGCGUAAUCGAGUGCACUUCUUGGCAUCUUUUCAGCCAAAGGUCCAGACCUAAAUUUUCUCAAUUGGUAGUUGCCUAUUAAGAAGUUGGCAAAGGCAGAGCAUACGUCAAACGGGUUGUGUUUGAAAGCAAGGUCCGUUUUGCUGUGGUUUUCCCUUUCAGGAAAAAAAACGACAAAUUGCGGCUGUAUGUGAUGCAAAUGGUCCACUGUUGAAAAGCGUUUGUGGAGGACCUCGCUCACAGUUCCACUGGACUCUUCCUUGUGAGCGGUAUGUCUAUGGAGAGAGACGGGAAAUAUUUAAAGUAUCAUGGUCUUCUGUGUCCCAAGGAGACACAUUCUGAAGAUAGCUUAAAAUAUUUCGAGAAUUUCAACACGAGGGACGACGAUGUCAUUGCCAUCACGUAUCCCAAAUCUGGUACGAUCUGGAUGCAGGAAAUACUUCCGCUCAUCCUAUCAGGAGGGAACUUGACCGCUGUCCACACCGUCCCAAACUGGGACAGAGUUCCUUGGAUGGAGGAGACGCGUGCUCCAUUAGUUCUGGACAGCAAGCCCUCACCUCGAGCCAUGGUGUCCCAUAUGCCCUAUCACCUUAUGCCAGCGUCUUUCUUCUCCUCUCAGGCAAAGGUCAUAUACGUAGCACGCAAUCCCAAAGAUGUCCUGGUGUCAUCCUUCUACUUCCACCAGAUGGCCAGUUUCCUGGAUGAUCCCGGCACAUUUGAGCAGUUUCUCGACAAGUUUCUAGCCGGAGAAGUGCUAUUUGGAAAGUGGACAGACCAUGUGAAAAGCUGGAGACAAAACAAUCUUGGGGACAGAAUACUAUUUGUCACUUACGAGGAGAUGGUCAAGGACCUGAGAGGGGCCCUGAAACGCUUGCUGUGUUUCCUGGGGCGGGAGAUGAGCGAGGAGAGCCUGGAGCAGGUGGUCAGCCAUUGCACCUUCAACCAGAUGAAGACCAACACCAUGUCCAACUUCUCCCUGAUCCCACGCAACAUCAUGGACCACCAGAGGUCCCCUUUCCUCCGCAAAGGGGUCACAGGCGAUUGGAAAAAUCAUUUAAGCCCAGACCAGGAGGAAAAAUUCAACGAUGUAAUCAAAGAAGAGAUGGCAGGCGUCGAUACACAAUUUCCCUGGGAUGAAGAAUGAACAUAGGUCUUGCACCUAAAUGUUCACAUAGGCUGCUGUCACUCUGAGUGGUGCGCCGAGCACGCAACAGUCAGAGUCUUGUCUUUGAAUCCAUUUGGAAUCAAAAAUGGAAUGCUCCUUUUUUUAACCACAGUACAGUAUUUGCUUUUCCGAGCACUCAGAUGGAAUCUACGAACGAACGGGGAAAAAAAUGCAAAUCAUAACUGCAUAAUGCAUAUUAGCCAUCCUGUUUCUGAAUUUCUUUCCAUGCUACGCUGGCCGCAUAUUAUGGCCUUUGUUUCUGUGUUUGGAUUCACUCUUUGAAUGUUUGCUUACCAUUGGCUGCAAUAUCUGCUCGAAAUAAAUAAAAUGGAUUGAACGAU